ACAAAUUCAGAUCCACUGCUAAAGAUUAGUUUCCUAAAAGCGAGUACAUCACAUAUUAAUAUGGAACAUGUAGGCUAUAUGUUUCCAGAUGCCUCUGGGUUAAUGUCCUUGUUAAGUUUAAACUAAACUGCAGGACCCAAACUUGUAGGAGGAUAAAAUGUUAAACUGUUCCAUAAUAUUCAUAAAAGCAACUCACCAAGUCAAGGACCCUUGGUAUUUUGUUUAAUCUUAACAAAACUACAGGUUCAUAUUCAUACUCAUAAUGUUAGAGAGGUUAGGUAAGAGUUGGAUGAAUAUAUGAUUGUCAGAAGAUCAUUUUGACAUCAAGAACUCAACGUUCAAACAUUUCAAUCAAUCAAUCAAAAGCUAAUGUUAUCAAAUUAAAUAACCAGGCUGAUGGGGUAUUCCUGAGUUUAUUAUUCUUAGAGACAAUAUUCACAAUGUUUCACAGACGUAUUGGACAACUAUCACAUAAUCAGAGUGUGUUUUUUCUGUAAUCUCAAACUAAUAGAAUACAUAAUUUGUUUCCUUGUCUAAAGAUAGUUGUGGAAAUGUUAAGAGUAAGUAAUCGCAAUUUUAAACAGCCUAUUGUUAGUGUUCAUCAUAUUUGUUUGUGUUUGACUCUGGUCCAGUAAAAAGAAUAGUUGAGUUGACAUUAUUCAACAGUAUUUCUUUGAGUAGAAAAAAAGGAAACAACUUUGAUCUGUGCUCUUAAAUAACAAUUUGAAGUAAAUGGAUGAGUAGUUAAUAAAACGUGUGCUUUGUUCACUUUUUUACAAGUUCUCCACGAUUAAGAUUCACGACUAAAAUCCUGGAGUGAAGAUGGCUGCGUUAGUAACGGGCCUGAUCCCCAUCCUGCGCACGGCCGUGGAUGCCACCACCACCUACAAGUGCCGCUCGCUGUGGUUCGGCUUCUUGUGCAUCCGCCUGGUGAUCCUCUUCCUGGCCGAGCUUCCUUUCACCAAAGUGGACGCCGACUUCUCCUGCAACGACAACAGCAGCAACAACAUCUGCACCCGAGCCUGCUUUAACAGACGCUUUAACAAACCCAUGUUGGUGGCCUGGAACUUCAUCUACGUGCUGGUCAUCAUCUCUGUGCUGCUCAUGGAGCUGUUCACCUCACACCUGCGCUCCAUGGCCCUGAAAGGGAAGGUGAAGGCAGAGGUGGAGAUGGAGGUUCAGGGGAAGGAGGCGGCGGCUCCGGGUGUGUCCACAGACCCAAAGGGCAAGACGGUGCUGGACCUCCACAGAGACAGAGGCUCAGUGGGCUUCUACCUGUUCAGCAUCGUCCUGCGGAUCUUGAUUGAAACCUGGUUUGUGUACAUACUGCUCUCCUGGAACCUUCCAGCUCUCAGUGAUGAUAAAUUUAUCUGCUCCACAGACAUCUGCCCAGCUGAACUUGUGUGUGUUGUGAGGGCUGCACCAGAGAAACGCAUGUCUAUUUAUGCUUUGGCCUCCAUCUCUGGCAUGAUUAUUGUUGUUUCAGUCUUAUUCUGCAUGUACUCCAUUGCUCAUUACCUCUGCAACUUUUAAAUAUUUAUACUCAGUCUUUUCCUUUACAGUAUUUUAAUUCAGUUUAUAAAUCAUUUGACUGUUUUUUGGUUGUAUUGUUGGAGUGCAUACUGCAUGUUAGAAAUGUGUAGUUUAUAUCUUUGUGUGGUUUAUGUGCUAUGUUGAGCCGAAGUAUGUCGUUAGAAGCGUUCUUACUGACACACAGUGUUUUUCUCAC